CUGCUUACUCUGUUCCAGCUCAUCAAACAUGCUUUUCUUAAGGCAGUGUUUUCUUCUUUGUGUAACUGCAGUGUCAGUGUUGUGCUAUGAAGACAUUUAUAUAAAAUGUACAAACAACUCAGUCAUGGUUACAUGGAAGGUCAACAAAGACCUGGCUGAAAAGCCCUUCAGGCUUCUCCUGGGCAGCUGUUUUCCUUCCAAGUUCAUACGGACAGCUGAUGGGGGGGAAGCAAUUUACCAAUACCGCCUGUCUGAAUGUCAUUUCCUACAAAAGAGAACCCAAAAGAAGCUGAUCUAUGAAAACGAGUUGGCCUUCAGGCCAAAGCCUAAGCCAAACCCUGCUGCGUUCACGUAUCCUGUUGUGUGCGCUUCGGAAAGGCCUGAAUGGAUCCAUCCCUUUUUGAGGCCAGGCUUCCAUGGUUUGCGAGGUCAAGGAAGCUUGAUCUUCCACAUAGGUCUUCUGAAUGAUGACCUAAGUGGCCCGGCCCUCUCCGAUUCCUUUCCUGUGGGUUCCUUUAUUCACAUUUGGGCUGCAGUGGAGCAGCAGGCCCAUCAGCCCCUAAUGCUCUAUCUGGAAGAGUGUGUGGCCUCUACAACCCAAACACUGGGACCAGAGUCGCUGAUGUAUCCAAUCAUCACUAACGAAGGAUGUCUUGUGGACAGUAAGACUGGGUACUCCAGGUUCUUGCCAAGAUAUCAUUCCUCUUCAGUUGUGCUUCAGUUACAAGCCUUCAGUUUCGCACUGGAACAGGAAGUGUACCUCCACUGCAGUUUAGUAGUAUGGGACCCUGAGUAUCCAAAUGAAGAAAAGAAGGCUUGCAAUUACAAUAAAGACCUUGGAGGAUGGGAACUUUUAGAUGACCCUUCAAUGAGUGACCUGUGCCGCUGCUGUGAUUACAGCUGCUCGCAGCGGGUGAAGCGGGGUUUACAGUCAGAAUUCCGAGGCCUAGCUCAAAGCGUUGUAUUAGGACCACUGACUAUAACGGCAAGCCCGUCAAGACAUGGCAAUCCAAUUCAAGAUGGUCAUAACAGCUAG